AUGCCGUCGUUUACUCGCUUCUUUCGGAGUAAAGACUCCCAUGCUGCGAAAAAGAGCUCAAAAUCCACCGCGGCAGAAGACACCGGCCCUGCGAAGCCAACAUGGACCGAUGCGUGGCAGCGAACAGAGAUCGCCCCAGAAGAGGUCCAGCAGCUGCUGAGAGCUUGCACCCAGGAACUCAAAGUACGAGCUCUCCAAACGCCGUUCAUGCUACUUCCGUUCCGUCCGAGCUCAGAUACAGUCACAGCGACUGCUCGCAACUUUAUUCGCAAUUACUUCAAUCAAUCAGUGAAAAGAGGCUCGCCGUUCGCCGGAGAUGAUUUGGCACAAGAACUUCGCCUUACCGACCCGAUGGUCUUAUGCAGCGUUAUGAAAUGGUGCUGGAGCAGACUCCCCGGAGGAGUUGUUACCUGGGAAGCCUACGAACUAUUCAAGGUUGGCGAGCAGGACUCCCAGUUCGCUCGCGACGCAUUCUCCACCUUUAUACCUAUCAGCGUGGACUCAGACGCUCGGGCCAAAAUUAUCUUUGACUUUUUCGACCUUCUAACAGCCAUUGCAGCGCACGGAAAGUCCAACGGUCUGGGAGGGCGAAAGCUUUCCCGAUACGCUGGAUGGUGGGCUUUCGAACAUGCGGAUACUGGAAAUGGCUUUGAAGCCGCCUACAAGAACUGGGCGAGUGCCGCCGACGCAACGAGCCAUUUGUUUUUUGCCUACCUACGCUCACUUUCUCCCGACGCUCCCCGCGGCAUGAACAGCAUAUCUACACUUCCCAUCGCCUUGCAGUCUCUGGUUCAAGCUACUGAGUAUCCGCCCGAAACGCCGACACUUCUUCAAGUCUCCACCACCAAAGUCGUCAUGAUCGUCGACACAGUCUCUCCUACCCCCUUCGCUUUACUACGCCGGGCAAAGAACUUCGAAUAUAGGGAUAGUGAUCAGCAUUUGCGGGAGUUUGCCGGCUACGAAGACCCCCUCAAAUCCCUUACCGAUGAGUGUCUUCGGGUUCUGAAAUGCAUUGCGUCUACUAACCAGUCUGCCGUCGAUGAGCCAAUUGUGGCAAACCGCGAUGCAUCAUGGUCAAGGUUCGAGGACCUCGGAUUCGGAGGCGCUAUUGAAGCCACAUUUGAGGAGAAUGGCGGCCCCUCCAGUUCCGCGCCCAAGGAGUUUGGGGGUAGCUUGAGAUCUGUACCUCAUUCUGGUGGCGGUGACCUCGGUCGUCCUACAACGCCCUCAUGGGCCGACUUCAUGUCAUCCGGCUUUGGUGAUGAGAACUCUUUCAAAUCCCCAGUCGCUCCCCUGCUUCUUCCGCCUGAUAAGGUACUACCUCCGAUUGCCACGGUGCGCGGCCAGAGCUCGCAGUCCCACAAGCGAGGUCUCAACGACGAACCGUCUAUUGACCCCGGUGAGUUGGCUAGUAUCACCACUCUUGACCUGGACGAUUCUUUCUGGUGGGUUUGGAUCAGCAGUUUGGCAGGUGAGGAGCCCAUCACACGAAAGGCGGUCUUUGGGCGAUGCGCUUUGCUCGAGACGAUUAUCAGAAACACAAAAUGGCUGGUGCUAGAGGAACAGGUCAAGGGUGCUGCGCCAGAGCCUGAUCCUGGCGCGUACAUUGUCGAAAAGAAACGGUUUUUCGGAUUCACAACUCGGAGGGGCAAGCUUUCGCGGCGCAAAUCCUCGGCUAAGAAGAUUAACUCUGUAGAGGACUCCUACAAGCGACCCAACAACCAAGGGCCGAAUAGCAAAGCUAGCAUAGCUCCAGAUCAACAUGCACGUAUCCAGGCUGCAGCCGCCGCUCUACAGAGAAAGCACCGGGAAGAGCAGGAGCUCGCGAAUGGAACGAAGUCCGCCGCAGCGCAGGAUUCUUACUCAACGAAGACAAACUCCGUGAUGACACUGCAGCCGUCUAUCUUGAACGAGGCAUCUCAGGCUAUGAAAUGGGCUAGCAACUACGACAAGAAUGCGUAUAGGACAGCCUACCUGAACGAUAGCCGUGCCGGCACGGGUGCCGUGACUGAAGAACCAAAGGAACAGCCUGCGUCCUCAAUAACAACCAGCACCAGACAGCCACCUCCUACUUCUCCCAGGAGCCCUACCUCUGCUUCAGCUAAAUCGGUGCCAACCGCAACUGAAAAGCCCACUGGUGACGCGAAGGCCAUCACUGAUUCUACAAAACAGCCGACCGUAGAAUCUCCGUCCCAAGAACCAAAAGAAUCUGCCGACCCGGAAUUGCCGCACAGGCUGAAGAAGACAGGAUUUAAGAAUAUGUUUGGAACGACCAAGAAGAAGGAUGUGGAAGUAAAGCAGCCUGUGAAGCCGGUAGAGGGUUCAGCUGUUGCUGCUGCCCGCGCUGCACUGGAGAGUAAAGCUAGGGCUUCGCAGGAGCAGCCGUCUAGUCGCAAUGGAACGCGUCUGAAAAAGAAGCCAGUUCCAGCCACAGUCCCUGCGAAGUUCAUCAAGCCCGACACCGAGGUGACGCAUGAGCCAGCAGCUGUUGCAGCUCCAGGGUCAGUGUCCAGCGCUCCGGCUCCGGCUCCGGCUCCGGCCCCGGAGCUCACGCCAGCUCCAGCUCCCGAAGCAAUGAGUGAUCAACCCAAAAUCCGGCGCGAGGCUGAGUACGAUGCUCUUUCUCGGGUAGACACCAACGAGCAGGUAGCAGCGGAUAAGGAAUUCUCGAGGUUUGACCAAGGGCCCUUAGUGGAACAGCCUGCGUUCGUUCCCGAAGACUCGCCUGUCGAGGAGGCGUCUUCUGAGGAAAAGCCUAUGGAGGAGCCUAAGGAGGAGCCUGAGCAGGAGCCCACCCCUAGCUCCCCGGUACGAGCCAACAACGCUUCUCAUGAUCGUUGGGCCCAGAUUCGCAAGAAUGCCGCGGAAAGGAUUGUUCAAGCUGAAGCUCGUCCAAUUACCGCUGAUGAAGAUGGCAACACCAGCGAGGAAGAAAGCUUCGAAACUCGCGCUGCCCGUAUCAAAGCAAGGGUGGCUGAACUGACCGGCAACAUGCAAGCCGCAAACCGGCCCUAG